AUGACUAAGCCAAUAUACCGCCGCUCCGAACAAUUUGUAUCGGGCUAUCGCAACAGCCAAACCAACCCAGCAGAUCGCGACAAAAUGUUUCCCACUCGUGCCCUCUUGGGGCGCUCCGCCUGGAAAGGUCCAAACAUUGUUCCUCUUCCUCUGCCCCGUAAACUUCCCCCUCCACCGGGCACACCCCCGAUCAAGACACAGAAGCGCGGAGCAACAAUCCUUCCUAAUUUCGUGGGUCUGCGAUUCUCAGUGCACAAUGGGAAGAAUUACCAGGAUGUCCUGAUUACCGAGGAGAUGGUUGGAAGGAAGCUUGGUGAAUAUGUCCUGACGCGGAAGAGGUUCACGUAUAAGCAGUCGAAGAAUAAAUAG